GAAUCUGCUCUACUAUUUGUUCGUACGGCCAAAGAAAAAAAACAAGAUGGCGUUCGGUGGUAAACAGUACGGGCUUAUUAUACCCCAGAAGAGGGCUUCAAAAUCAGCAACUCUAUCAAGACCUUCUAUUUUUGGAGAUGACUCGGAUGAUGAAACAUCUGUUGGGGAGAGCUUGCAGAAGGAGGCGGUCAAAAAGAAGAUGAUGAAGCAGACGCGACUUGAGAUGCAGAAAGCCCUGGAAGAGGACAGCAGCGUUUAUGAGUAUGACGCCGUUUACGAUGACAUCCAGAAGCAAAGACUUGAGAGCAAUAAGAAGCUUCUGGGGGGUGCCGACAGAAAGCCCAAGUACAUAAACCAGCUAAUGCGUGCCGUAGAAGAAAGGAAGAAGGAGCAAGAGCGGCGCGACGACAGAAAGAUCCAGAAGGAGAGAGAGGCAGAGGGGGAAAAGUUUGCUGAUAAAGAAGCGUAUGUGACCUCAGCCUACCGGCAGAAACUCAAAGAGCGCGAGGAGGAGCUUGAGAAAGAGAAGAGAGCGGCAGAGAUAGAGGCUGCUUUGGAUGUAAAGAAGCAGAGGGACUUGAGCGGAUUUUACAGACACUUUCUGAACCAAACCGUCGGAGAAGAGUCUCUUCCUGAUCACAGUGCAGACCGGCGAGAAAAAUCUAAAUCCCCAGUUAAAACCUCGCCACCCCGAGCAAACGAGAGCGAAGCCGAAUCGAAUGAGGAACAGAGUUUGUCUAAAGCAGAGUUCAGCAAAAGCAGCACCAACAGCAGUCACUCUAAACGGCAAUACCGCCAGCGGUCUCCUUCAUCCGGAAGCGAAGUUGAAAGAAAGAAGGAGAAGAAACUAGAGAAAGACAAGCAUGGUCACAGAGGGAGAGAAAGAGAAGACAAGCACAGCCACCAGGAAGAGGACCGAGACAACAUCCGGAAAGAAAACCGCAACCACACGAGGGAGAAGGAUCGACACCGGGACAGAGACGGAGACAGAGGGAGAGAACGAAGAGAUAGAGACAAAGAAAAAGAAGACAGACACGGCGACAGGAACAGAGCCAACAGUGAGCAGGACAGACACCGAGAUCGAGCAUACCAGAAAAAUCAUGACAAAAAGGAACAAGAGAAGAAGGUGCAAGGAGAUGGAAAAGAGAAGGACAAGGACAUGCAGGAUCAACAAGAAAAGGACACUCAAGCCGACAAGGACACUGAAGCUGACAAGGACACUCAAGCCAAAGCAGCUCAAGCACUCAGCAAGUUUGCGAAACGCAGCAGCGACCAGACUGUGAACUCGGCCAGAGACAGAUAUCUGGCCCGACAGAUUGCCCGCUCUACUGCGAAGACCUAUGUGGAAAAAGAUGAAUAAAUUGCUAUACGCUAAACGAAUACACUGUACAGAUAUUUGGAUGUUUGUAGCUAGAAAAAAAAUAAAACACUCUCAAACCAUCA